GACCAAUGGGCGCAGGAAUUUCGGUUUCUUGGCGUUUCCGAAGGGCUGUCAGACGGCCUCGGCGUGAUUGCUCAAUGUAUCAACAGUAGAAGCUCAGCUCAGGUGUCGCGGCUCUUUCCGAUCUCUGUUGUAACUCUUUAAAUGAAUUGCACCAAGACUAAAAAAAACCCCACAGUUUGCGUUAUGUUUCAGAUGUCCAGUCAGGGCGGCACAAGUAACCCCUUCAAUGAGAACCGGUGUUUUAUUUUCGAGAAGAAGGCGGUCGAGUCGGUGUUUUCGACAGUUAACAUAUGACUGAGCCCCGAGGCUGAAUCAAGUCACAGAGCGCUAAAUUAAGAGCAACUUUUUUUAAAAAAAAAAAGCAAAAUAGGGAGGAACACCUGAAAGGGAUUUUUGUUUUUGGAGGGAGUCAAAAACAAAUAUCGGGACUAUCGGUGGGCCGAGGGGACGCCGACAUGGUGGUCAAAGUGAAGGCGCUGGCCAUCGUGUUCGACAGCGAGGACGGGAGUGCCUACGGCAGCGGGGAGGCCGUGUCCGGGCGUGUGCUCCUGGAGCUGUCGGUGCCGGCGCGGAUCCGGGCUCUCCGGGUGCUGGGCAGGGGCUGUGCCCGGGCCAGCUGGACCGACGGGCCGGGGUCUGCCCCAGCGGCACCAUCCCCGGGGCACGGCUACAGGGAGGAGGUCGACUACCUGAACGUCACCCACACUCCCCCGGGAGCGACAGGCGAGGACGUUGCCGAAGGUUUUAUCUGUUUGCCCUCAGGGAAGCACGAAUUCCCUUUCAGCUUUCAGCUUCCACAGGGGCCCUUGGUUACCUCAUUCUGUGGGAAGCAUGGAAGUGUCCAGUACUGGGUAUCAGCAAUUUUACAGAGGCCAUCCAUGCAGGACCUUAUUGUGCACAGAGAAUUUCCUGUUAUCAGCCAUGUAGAUGUCAACUCCCCAACUCUACUGUCGCCUAUUUCUACAAAUACAGAGAAGAUGGUCGGCUGCUGGUUCUUCACUUCAGGCCCUAUUUUCCUGAGUGCCAAAAUUGAAAGACAGGGCUACUGUAAUGGAGAAGCAAUCCCCAUCUAUGCUGAGAUUGAGAACUGCUCUUCACGUCUCAUUGUGCCAAAAGCCACAAUAUAUCAAACUCAGACCUGUCUUGCUAAUGGCAAAACGAAAACUUUCAAGCAGGAAGUUGCCAGUGUGCGUGGAAACCAUAUUGGCUCAGGCAGCACUGACACAUGGAAUGGAAAGACAUUGAAGAUCCCCCCAGUGACUCCAUCCAUCCUGAACUGCUCAAUCAUCAGAGUUGAAUACUCUUUAGCAGUACUGGUGCAGAUUCCAGGUGCAAAGAAGCUGAGAGUAGAGCUUCCUUUGGUUAUCGGGACCAUACCAUACAAUGGGUUUGGGAGCCGAAGUUCAAGUUUGUGCAGCCAGUUCAGUAUGGACAUGAGCUGGCUCACUCUGGCGCUACCUGAACAGCCAGAAGCUCCUCCGAAUUAUGCAGAUGUCGUGUCGCAAGAAGAGUUUGAGCGCCACACCCCCUCUAACUCUGAGCCAGAUGAGCUGGAGCGUGAAAUUGGGCGGCCUGUAUUCGCUUAUAUUCAGGAAUUCAGGUUCCAGCCACCGCCUUUGUACUCAGAGAUUGACCCACAUCCAGUCCAGACUGAUGAUCAUCGGGGUCGUGUUCUGUUUUCAGUCUGAAACCUACAUAUCUGCCACGUUUGCAGGGUAGUUGAUUUCAUGGUUUCUUUCCAGUUAGUUUGAAUAAAUCUGAAAGCUUUGAAAUAGUGUUUCGCCACAGUUGUGGAUUGAAAGGUCAAUGACAGUGCGUAGCUGGCAUGAGUAUGGGUUGUAGGAAUUGCACCAAGUCCUCGAUGGGUGAUUGUGAGAUUUCCAAAUAAAUGGAAGAUAGAAUGUAGGAAUUUAGAAGUUCUGUUUCCAAUGUGUUUUUGCACCUUUGCGUGAGCUUGGAGAAGAAAGAAGAAAUGCAGAAUAAAAUGUGGACAAAAAGAUAGUCUGAACAGAAGUGUUCUUGCUAAAGAAAGUGAAGGGUGAAUAUGCAAUUCACAGUAAAGUCUAACAAGAUGUGAAACAUCUUUAAAAAGAAACAGUCAUAAGGACAGUAUGUUUUAUGUGCACAGAAGAGUAAAUUAUUUAGCACAUAAUUUGUUCAAAUAUGAUACUGUUUUAUAGCUUUAAAAUCUUAAGUUUCACUAUUAAUACAAGUGAAAUGCCAAUAGACACAAGUGUGUCUUUUGCACUUUUGAAAACCAAAGCCUUAAUUCAAAAAAGUUGUGCUUUACCCUGGAUGGGACAUAACUUUGUUUAAAACCCUACAGUAAAUGGAUGUUUUGAACUGAAAGUUCAAUUAUGUUUACAGCUAAGAAACUAAAUGCUUGACCUUUUCCUGGAUAUAUGAAUUGUCAAGGGAAGAGGAAACAGUAUAGAUAUUAAUAACAUGACAACGUUUUUUUGUUACCAAAGACUUAAAAUAUAUAAUUCAUAUCCCAUACCAUUGCAGUUUUAAUUAAUCUUUUUCUGGGAUUUUACUAGGUGGAAUUCAUUUGUGUUAUUCUCAGGAUAUUAAGGUUGGGUUUUACACGUGUGUGAAGAAAAUUAAUGAUCAAAAGUGGAAAGUACAGUGUCUUGUUCACCUAGAUCUUAAUUUUGACAUAGUAUGGUAUGAUUUCAGGCAGUCUUUGUUUACAAAAGGCCUAUCUAUAUAAAGCACUUGUUUUAAAGAAAUGUUGCAUCAUCUGUAUUGUGUGUUAGAGAGGACUAAGCAGCAAGCAACUAGAAAAUAUGCAGUGUCUAAAUUGGACCAAGUAAAGUGAAGUAAAGUGCCUCAUGGGUCUCUUAUUAAAGUUAUGCCUUGUGCAUGGAUCAUCCAUUCCUGUAGCUAGCUGUCAACAAGUGACACUGCAGUUGAAGUUCACAUUGAAGAAGAGUGGGAAUGUUAUUUAUGAUCCUAUACUAAAACAUUCAGAAACCACAAUUUGGUCUAACCAUGCUUACAUAAAAAUGCACUUAAAGUGCUAUAUACAUUUAAUUUGAAAUAGAGCACUUGAGCAAAUAUUACAAUAUGGAAUAAUUAAUUUUAGCUGCUUUAUCAGCAUCUCUAGGUUUGUGUUUCCUUUAUCUGAAAGCUGCUUAUCCUGGUUGAGGUCGCGGGUUUGCUGUAAGCCCAUCCAGAAAGCAGAGUCCUAAGGUGGGACUGAAAUCAUUUGUCUGCUAUGUUUGUCUUUAAUAGUAUAAUGUGCCUACAGUGCCACUUAAUUUUCAAAUAGUGCCCUGGUAAGUUUUAGAUAUUUGUAUUUAGCACUUUGAAUAUUAAAAUAUGUGGCCUUACUUUUUGCUGCAAUCAUUCUUAACAAAAUAUCUAAAAUGUAAGGUUUUGUAAGUUUUAUGAGCACAGAUAUGGUUCUUGAACAUCUUUUAAGCUGUGCAAAGUGAUCAACUUAAAAUGCUGCUGAUGGGUUAUUUUUUAAAUGUAUAAUGUAUAUCAUCGUAAAAAAACUAUCAACUACCUUACUGUUAUUUGUAAAAAAAAAAACUAGUGAGUAUAUUUUUGUAAAUAAAAGUGGAGAAAAUUAA